UUCGUAGCUUAGUCUCCGCGUCGUGAGAGAAAGCAUUUUGUUAGACGCUUUGUGCAAACAUCACCAUGCUGCUUGUAGUUCUUGUCUGUUUCCUCGUCGAUUGAUUUUGGGCGUUGGGCAAUAGCGGUCCUGCAUUUUCCUGAAAAUGACCUCCAUUGUCACGGGGGCCGCCGCACCAGGGGACAUCAUAGACGAGCACAACCUCCAGAAUGGCCACCACCCCGCAGCGCGGCAGGAAGAGCAGAAAGACCUACCGCUCUGCCUCCUCCUCCAGCCAGCCGUGCAAAACUACGCUUGGGGCGUGAAGGGUACGCGGUCGAGUGUGGCCGGGUUCCUGGAGGAACAUGCGGUGGAGGACGAGAAGCCGUACGCCGAACUCUGGAUGGGCACGCACGUAUCACCAGAAAAAAGUGUUACAGUUACACACUUGUUGGAGUUUCUGCAUCACAAAUUUUCUCUGUGCGGCACAGAAAACUUGUAAUGCGAAGAUCAUAAGGGAAAACAGGAAGGAAACGAGGCUCCCAAGCAUUUCCUGCAUGAGAAAGGUGGUCUGUGUUGCCGGUCUUGCAACACGACAGUGUGUAACUGUAACACUUUUUUCUUGCGAUAGCACGUGAACGGGAUGGCGCAGGUCCUGCGGGAAAAGACCCGAAGCACGGUCCGGAGAACAACGAGGUCCACGACCACAACAAUAUCAUCGUCGUCCACCUCCCUCAGGUCCGGAACGACGGCCUCCUCGUCCUCGCGCGGGGAGGUUUCCUCCCUAGCCUCGGUGAUCGAAGAAGAUCCCGAUUACUGGCUGCGAGGAACUACAACGACCGCCGCGGCGAGGAGAGGCAGCAGCAGUGCGUCGAUCAAUGGAAAGAAUGGAAACGCAGCAGCUGGAACCGUUCUUGGACCUACAACUGUGGCGCAAUUGAACCAUCAUGCGGGCAACGGUGUUGUAGCAGAGAACAAUGGCCGUGAUGAACAUCUUCACGCUAAUGGAGGAACGGCGGCGACGAUGAGAGAGAACCACGUUGGCAACGGCACAAAGACGUCGAUGGCAACUGCAACUACAUCAGCGGCAGCUGAUUCAAUCCCUCCUCAUGACUUGUCCUUUCUUUUCAAGGUACUUUCCGUGUCGACCGCCCUGUCGAUCCAACUCCACCCGGACAAACCCACUGCGCAGAGGCUGUUUCGCGAGCACCCGGACAUUUACAAGGACGCAAACCACAAACCCGAGAUUGCGAUACCGCUCGGCCCCGGACCCUUUGAGGCCUUGAUGGGCUUUCGCCCGGAGAAGGAGAUUCGAGCGUUUCUGGAGCUGCUACCCGAGUUGCAAGAAGCCUGCAGUGGUGUUCAAACGGCAUCAACUGCGUCGAGCAAGAUUUCGGAACUGUAUGCCGCUUUGAUGCGGCAGGACGGGAAGAAGAUCGCGGCUUUGCUGGACAGUUUGGUCAAGAGGAUAGAAGUGGCAAACGCGGAGAACGAGGACCAUUUUCUGGACGAUAAGCUGAAGAAAUUGGUUCUGCGCUUAAACCACCAGUACCCCAAUGACGUCGGGAUUUUUUCCGUGUUUUUUCUCAAUUACGUCAUCGUGGACAACCAUGUUGACACAGCUCCUGCUACAACAGACGGCGCACUAAUUUCGUCACAAGCUGCAGAUGAACCUGAUGAACGUCGUCUUGAAGUUCAAACCGCAGCGGUGAAACUUGGAAAAUCAAAAACCUUCCUCUUCUGUAAGGCGAACGUGCCGCACGCGUACUUGAACGGCAACUGCGUGGAGUGCAUGGCGCUUUCGGACAACGUCAUUCGUGCGGGAUUGACGCCGAAGUUUAAAGACGUGGACUUGUUGUUGAAGAUAUGCGACUACAGCGACGAUCUGGUGGAAACCGGGGAGUGUGUACGAAGCAGCGAGCUUCUUGGCGGAGUAGGUGGUCGUGGAGGGGAAAAAGAUUUGAAAACAAAAACCGGUCCGAAAAGUAUACCAGAUCAGGAUCUAGAAGAAGACGGUGUCCACGUCCACCUCUACCGCGCGCCGCCACCCGUUUUCGACUUUCAGGUAUAGCCUGUUGAGUCGUGGCUACUGUGACAAUGUACAACUGGAUUCAUGAUUUAGUAAUUCACCAAGUUUUUGACCUCCGAGCGCCUCUUUUACGUAAUUUGAUAAAGUAGAAGUAACAUGUACAUGCUCGUGCCUUUUGAAACAGGUGUUGGAGAUUGUCGCUCUGCCGUCCCGAUUGCAGUCAGAGACGAAAGUCUCUUCGGGAAGGAUCUACCUUCCGACUGCCAGCAUCAUGUUUGCCAUCCAGCCCUCGAGUAGUGGUGGAUCAUUACGACCGGGGCCUACAGCAGCGCACGGGACCACAAUUGUUGAAGUAGAAGUCGCCGGCGGUUUUGGAAACACGGUGAAGAACAACGACCAGGAGGUUGAAGAACAGCCACCCGAGAGCGAAGAAUUUUUCCAGAUUUUGCCCGGGCAGACCUUCUUUCUGCGUGGCGAUGUCUUCGUCACUUUUAGUUUUCAAAAAACAGACUACAGUCGCACUUGUGACAGCCAGGAGAAUGGUACUCCUGCUGGCCCUUCUGUAUUUUUGGCCACCAGUGGUGAGACGGCAGUAACCAUGCGAUGAAGCGAUCGUAUUCGUAUUCGCCGGUCAUAUAUGGACGGGAAUGAAUGCAGUAAAUGUAAAGAUGAAAGUAGUGAAACGCGACCUAAAAGAUGUGUGAUUUUUGGUGAUCGCGAUGAACAGACACCACGCGGUCUUCACAAUUGCCGGC